GCCGUUUUGUUUAUGUGGAGCGGGGGGCAGCCCGGGUGCGAAGGUCUGCAAGCGCAGCCGGCCGUGGGGACUAGAUAAAGCCCGGCUGCCACACCGAAGCGGUCGCGCUGCCAUGGACACCGCUGCGGAGAGCGCCGAGCGCGCGCACAGCCCAGCGUGCCCAUCCCCGCGCAGCCUCCACCCGCCGCCAGCGCAGCCCGGGUCCGAGGGCUUCUGGAGACCUUGGCUUCGAACCCCAGGCGAGAAAGAGGAGCGGGCGGAGCCCCAUGCUGCAGAGACUUUGCCCAGUGGCCCUGAAGUGACUGAAGCCUCAGGGAAGCUUUCUCAAUACCGACACCCUGUCAGACUGUUCUGGCCCAAGUCCAAGUGUUAUGAUUACUUAUAUCAAGAAGCAGAAACUCUUCUGAAAAAUUUCCCAAUUCAAGCUACGAUUUCGUUUUACGAAGAUUCUGAUAGUGAAGAUGAAGUUGAGGGGCUGGCCUGUGAAAAUUAGUCUAAUUAGUUACUUCUUGUAACAUUUGAACUGUGGAGGAUUUGAAUUUUGUGUAUACAUGUAUCAUAAACUUUUUAAACUAAUUUAUUUGUAUAUAAAUUAUUAAUAAAAAAAUAGUUUGUAAUCAGUA